AUGGCCACCACGUAGGCACGUCCGUUAGCCUGACUGAUGCGGGUAGCUGGCGUAUCUAGGCUUCAUAUCUAUGUUGUCCAAAGUUUGUCGUGGAACUAUUACCACCAUUCAAGUUUACGGGCAACCGUUUUGCGGUUGCAACAGAGACGCAAGUCAGGAGCGUUCAAGGACGUAUUUUCAAAUUACGACACGGCUACAGUUGCCAUUUCACGGGUUUCCAGUGCAUGUACGGCAAAAUACCUCCGCACAUGCGCAGCGAGAUUAUGUGAAAAUACACAGAACUCCAAUAAUGCAGUUACAGUGGCAGACUCCACGGAACCCCAAACGGAGCGUCAGCAACGAACCCGCGAUUCCAGUGACGCCGACAAACUUGAUGAGCCAUAUCACGGAGACAAUAUGAAGAGGAUGGAUGGUGCUCAGGGAAAAGAGGUCGCGCCUGUUGCAGCCAAGAGUGGGAAGGAGAGUCUCCUUGAUCUUCUGGGAGCCAUGAAGGUGGAUGUCACCAGCAAAAGAAGGCUCAAAAAUGUCAACGUUAAGCAGAGUGUCUCCCAACCCAAGUCGACGCCGGUUGCUAUGGAGAGUACCAUUAGCAUGUUUCGGGAGGCUUCAUCUCGGACUCCUACGCUGGAUCCAGAACUGCUCGCAGCCGCUUCUGCUGCUGCUUCCGCUCUUCCGAACCGCGUCCAGGCAGAGUCCGAGCUCCUGAAGCAGCUGAGGCAGCACGAGGCCAUCACUGAAGCUCACAGGAAGGGCGACGUGAACGACCUGGGAGCGAUUCUAGCUGACAUGAAGGUGGGAAGAUAUUCCAACCGACAGAACGCCCGGCCAGCCAAUCAGAUCAGGUUCGACGACGACGGGCGGGGCUACACGCACGAGCGAGGAAUCACUGCAGAGCUGGACAGCGUUCGCAGAAAGAGGAACUUGUUUACAGGAAGAAGACUGAACAUCUUCUCUUCCACGCCUGAUGGAGAUAGAAUGGACGCGACAUAUGCUCGACCAACCCUGUGGGACGCAGACUUUGCUGACCGGCUGGCUUCUUCUGCCAACCAAAUGCCCCGAAAUGCCUUUGAGGAAAUGAUCCAGUGGACCAAAGAGGGGAAACUGUGGCAGUACCCGAUCGACAAUGAAGCAGGUCUCGAGGAGGAGGCCGGCGUCCCUUUCCACGAGCACGUCUUCCUGGAGAAGCACCUGGAGGCGGGCUUCCCCGAGCGGGGCCCGAUACGACACUUCAUGGAGCUUGUGGUGACCGGUUUGUCCGGAAACCCCUAUCUGACCGUCCAGCAGAAGAAGGAGCACGUUUCCUGGUUCAGAGACUACUUUAAUCAAAAACACGAUGUCCUCAAAGAGGCUGAGGUUUACCUCAAUUAAAUUGGGACAAUUUGUCGUGAUUUCAACAUCACUGGAACAAUGAGAGAGGACCGUUUUCUCCUUAGGCACAGUCAACAAAACUGCGCGCAGAAAGUCAAGUGAUGUAAAAGCUCUUACGUCAUCAAGUGAAAACGUGGGUGCUAAACCAACUGUAUUGUCAACACAUUUAGUCCACAAUCAUUUAUUUUUGUUGGAAACGUUCACCUUACUAACAGAGGUGGAACUCAUAUUUAUGAAAGGUAACUGUCUGAAAGGGCACCGCAGAGGAAAGACUCAACUAAAUAUGAGGAGUUAUAAAAACAAGGUGUUUUCAGUUGGAACGGUAACAUCAUUAAAACCACAUCGCGAACGGA